AUGGCGAUGAGUAAUUCUUCAUGGAGUUACAAGCUACCGUAUAAAACACGAACUUUUGUAGACAUACACGACAUUAGAAUCUAUACUUGUCUCUGUAUUUACCAGAUUUUGGUGCCACCGAGUAUUGUACUAGGUUUCGUCGGAUUUGAUUGUUUGUUUACCAAUCUCGCAUUUCAUAUCACCGCACAAUUUGGAGUUCUCAGUUGUAUGCUUAGAGAAAUUCUUGACGACUCUCGUGGGUUUCAAUGUAAUAUGAAGGAACUUGUACUUCGACAUUACAAAUUGAUAAGGUAUGCUCUUGCCGUCUUGAGUACAUUGUUUAUUUAUUGUUACAUCGGCGAGUGUCUUAUUCAGGAAAGUUUGAAUCUGAAUACCGCAAUGUAUCGUUACGAAUGGUAUAACGUGUCACCGAUCAACUUAAAAAUGGUUAACAUUUGCAUGUUGCGAAUGAAGAAACCACAGCAACUAACUGCCGGUAAAUUUUUCGUUCUUUCAUUGGCUUCCUUUACCGAUAUACUCAAAACUUCGAUGGGUUAUCUGUCAUUACUACGAACACUUAUAUAAAGAAUUUUUUUUCCACCUUAUUUAGGUCAUU